AUAAUGCUGAGGAGCUGUAUAACUGUGUAUAAUAUUUGCUAGGGUCUCUGGAAUACCAGAAGCUGCCGUGCUGUAAGUAAGUUUGCCUCAAGGCGCAUACUUUCGUCCCAAAUACUUGUUCAUUCCUUUUCUUAAUUUCAGGUGGGAUACGCCUUAAUUUUAUCUUUUUUUCUCUUCUAGUGAGUUUUUUGCUGCCUUGCAUUUUAUGUACUUGCUUUACAUGUGCUGAUUCUAGUCUGAAAAUCCUGAUUACUGAGCAUAAGUUACUUGUGGUUAAGAAAUACGCUCUCUGUAGUUACUUUUGUGAGUGCAGCAUGCAAGAACAGUAAACAGGAGCUCUUUCUGAACGGCCUGCAGCAUAGUAUAAUAGAAAAGCAUAUAAUUGCAAUAUUUGAUUUGUCAUGUUAUUGUAUACCUACGUAUAUCUGCUCUGAGCAGCGGACUGGAUGACUUCCCAUGGUCCCUUCCAAACUAAAUUAUUGUAUGUUGCUCUGAUACAGGAAUGCCUGUGAUUCAGCAUCCUAUAUCAGACUGCUUUGUAUAAACAUCCACUUCUUUGUAUAUAUUACUUUGUGUAUUGUAUUCUAUACACAUCCAGUGUAGUUAAUUGGCCACAGAGCAAGACAAAAAAAGAGACCUCUUGGUGCAACCUCGGUGCAACCUAAGAGCACUUAGCGUUUCACAGGGCUGAGUUCCCCAGCUUCAGCAUGUCCAUCGUUAUUUCUGCUUUAGCUCCAGACGUACCUGUUAAUGACCAAGCUUAUUCAAAACUGAGCAACAGUAUCACAGUGGAAUGGCGAGCUGUACCUGGGGCUACUAGUCACCUGCUGACUGCACAAGAUGGAGAUUCCUUCAUUGCGACUGUAGUUACAAAUUCUCCAGGCACAGUGACGGGACUGGAGCCAGCCACCUUGUACAGAAUCACUAUCGGAUCUAUAAAUUCAGGAGGAAAAAGACAGCCUUCACCUUUCAGAAAAGCAAAAAGAGCAGUCCUGGCUGCUCCGGUUCCGUCGGUUAGUUCUCCGAGUUGUGACUCCAUUGCAGUGAGCUGGAAAGCUGUGUGUUCAGCAGCUGUGCCCCUCAUGAGAUCAGAUGGUUUGGACAGAAUGCUGAAGGAGAACACCACCAGUACCUCCUUGAUACUUGCACAUCUAGAUCCCGGAACUCUCUAUACUACCAAGUCACGUGCCUGGAACGUCAAUGGGGUACCUGGAGAUGAUUUCAUGUCUAACCAAAGAAGAAGGAAGAAAUUUCCUUUUCUGAAACGAAGAGGAGCCCUAACUUACAGUGUGAUAGCCUCCAGCGAACUCUUGAAACUGAAGUGUAACACAUCUUCUGCCUCCUGCACUGAGCCAUCACUCCAGGCCAGCUCUGAAUAUUACGUUUCUGCCACAGCAUACAGGGAUGCUGGAUCCAGUAAACCUGCAGAUGCAGUAAGCUUAAAAACUGAUUUGACCCCGAAUUGCUGAGAUUCAAGAAGUGUUCUCCCACAUCCAACUAUUGUUGGGAAAGAGGGGAAGGAAGGAAGAAAAAGGAGAGAGACAUGACCACUCCAUUGCAAAAUCUCAAGAGUGGCGUUUAAACACUGUUUUACCCUGCUUAACAGCUGGUGGACGUCUCCUGUACGUAAAGUCCUGUGCGCUUCGUCGCAGAGCAGAGAGGGCUCAGACAUCUACCAAAGCCAGCAGAAACCAUCUCACUCUUUCAGGUUCCCCUUAAGAGAUCCUGGCUGUUUGCUUACUGGCUUUGAGUCACUGCGUCAUACUCAGCUGUAAAUAUGCGACCCAUGAGCUCAUUCAUGUUUCUUCAACAUAUGAACAGAAAUAUAGGCACCAUGGGUACGCAUGGUGGUGUACCAAGUACCCCCACUGCAAUCAGACACGUUGCCCUGCCAUUCAAGUUACCCUUUUCAACACAGACAGACAAUCCAAAUACCACUCCUGUUAUGUUUUAAAGUCAGAUACGUACAAGUCCGUUUGUACUGACACCAAUUACCUGCAUAGCUAGGUGGCAGCAGGUCGAUGUGAACCUCUGGGGCCAAAGCCUUGACCCUGCCUUGCAAUAAAAGACUGCCUCUCUUGCUACUUCUUAAGAUCUGAAAUCUUGUUCAACUAAUUGAGUAUCUUCAAAAGAAAAAAAAUAGAAACGAAAUAGAUGCGUAGUUCUCAAGUUGGUAUAAUCAGUUCAGGCAAGUACUUCUCAGUGGAGCAAUGGGGUAUUUCAAGGACAGCUUAGGCUCCAAGAGGAAUGACUAUCCCAGCUGGGCAAGUAUGGACACAUGGCACACUGACUGCACAGGGUCCGUCAGCCAGCUCUGCAGUCGCACCUCCUGGGAAAACUCACAACCUCCAAUUGACAUUGGCAGAAAUUUUCUUCUAAUGACCCUGAGCCAAAUGCCCGCUGCAGCUGCACUCCUUGCAACUGCAUCAGAGCAGUCGGCGCCGGAGACUCCACUCAUCGUACACUUCCUGAUCAGAGCUGCUUCGUAGAAGUUCCAUGGAGCUGUUCCUUCUGGUUUCAAGGAAGGUUAUAUGAAAUAAAAUGGCAUCAGAAGGACAAAAAGGAAUUAAAGAGUCCCUGGAUCCAAACCCAAGACCUGCAAGAUACUAAAUCCCAAUGAUAACUUAAGAUCCGUGUCUCGGUUUAAAUUGGUUUCAUGGGUUUUGGUCAGUCGUAAGCAUUGUGCUGUUACACCGCUAGCUAAAGUACGUAACAGGGAUCUAAUUAAACCCCAAAGUCAAAAAGGGCUAUUUAUUGAAAAAUAAAGCAAAGUCCUCAAAUUACUGCACUCGUAAGAGGUACUGGCAUGAACCCGUUUGCAGAAGCUGCAUCAAAACGUUCACUAUCUCCAUUGUAAGUAGGCAGCUCUCUCCACCUUAAGGUCAAAGACUGUUUCUCAAAUAUCUGGAUUUUGCCUGCAAAUAACCCAUGCUUUCACUGCAUUUCCUGGCUGCGGCAGUGGAGGAGGAACGCUAAAGGAACAACUGAAGCUCAGUAAUCCAUUUCCCUGGCAGAACACCGGCCUUGCAGCCUCUCUGCCCAAGAACAUUCUUGUUUCAGAAACUCAUAGGCUGAAGGUUAACAGACCAAAAGCAGCCUUCUGGUGGCACAGAAGGUGAAUUAAAGCGGUCCUUGCUGUUCAGACAGAAUACAUGCAGUCUCCUGGCAGGCUGCAAAGGCAGCUCUAGUCAUCUGCUAGCUGGAGGGUUAUUUCUUACAUGGCCAGUACAGUUCUCCUCCUCCCAUAUUAAAUGAGAGCUCAGUAUUUCAGUUUUACACUGCCAUGGAAAGAACUUUUUGAAGCUUAAGCUUUGUUUCAAGCUGAGAUUUAAAAUCAGGUAACAAAAACAUAAGCAGACAAUACCUGCAACCUCAGUAUUCAAAGAUUUCUAACACUAAGGGUCACAGUGACAAAGGGAAGAUUAACAAUUCAGAAAACAAUAAAUAAGGAGCAGGGAGGAAGAAAAAAAAAUUGUUAUUUCUUCUGCUUUCAGUAGUACGGAAUGAAGUGUAUUGU